AUGGGUCCUCCACCAAACCCUGCCAAAGAUGCAGACCAUUCAAAGCAGAAUACCAAUACGCCUGACGGGACAAGUAAACUUAAUCGACCGACUUCUGAUUCUCCACAGGCGAAAAUUACCACUACCACUACCUCCGUGAAAGCGAAUGGAACCCCACAACCAGCUGCUUCAACACCUAUUACCACCACUACAACUCCUGCUGAUACUCCUGCCGUGCCAACACAAGUCAACACUAAUAAUACGCCUUCCGAUUCAACCCCAAAGCUCUCCGGCGCCGAGCUGAAGAAGAGGGCCAAGGCCGAGAAAGCUGCGAGGCGAGCGAAGGAAAAAGAAGAGCGCGAGCAAGCUUCUGGAAGCGGCACUGCUGCUAGUGGCGGUGGCAGCGCCAGCGGAAAUGCGAAACAGCAAUUAAACCAGCCAUUGUCGAAGAAGGGGCCUCCUGGGCCUCAGGCGCAAAAAAUUGUUGAGACCGGUGGCUCGGGCGGGAAAGGACAGAAACAAUUUGGGAGUGGUGGGGGAGGAGGAGGAGGAGGAGGAGGAGGAGGAACUGCUGCCUCUGCCGCUGCCGCUGCUGCUGCUGGGCGGCGUGCCUCGGUUUCAUAUCUUAACACUACGGAAUUGUCGAGGAAGAAGAAGUGGGAGGAGGAAAAUAUGGCUGAUAGUAAGACGGUUGCGAUGUUCAGUCAUUUGUCGUUGCAGAACCACCGAGGGACAAUCUCAGGAGCGGGAAAGGAGAUUCAUCCUGCUAUUUUGGCACUGGGGUUACAGAUGAGGGAUUAUGUGAUUUGUGGGAGUAGUGCGAGGUGUGUGGCCAUGUUACUGGCUUUUAAAAGGGUGAUCGAGUCUUACACUACACCCGUUGGGACAUCGCUAGCACGCAACUUGACAACACAUCUCUCACACCAAAUCUCAUAUCUUUCAUCCUGUCGACCACUUUCCAUAAGCCAGGGCAAUGCGAUUCGUGCUAUAAAACUUGCCAUUUCAGCUGUAGACCCAUCCUGUCCUGAGGACGAAGCCAAAGAGGCACUAUGUGAGUUCAUCGACGGGUUUAUCCGUGAAAAAAUAACAGUUGCGGACCAGGUGAUUGCAAACAGCGCAGCUCAAAAAGUCAAUGAUGGUGAUGUCAUCCUCUGCUACGGCGGGAGCAACAUUGUCCAGCAGACCCUCCUUACGGCCCACCGUCAGGGCAAAAAGUUUCGCGUCUCAGUAAUUGAUUCCCGUCCCUUUUUCGAAGGCAAAAAACUUGCCCGUACCCUUGCCAAUGCUGGACUACGAGUGCAAUAUACGCUUGUGCAUGCCAUCAGUCAUGCGGUAAAGGAAGCAACCAAGGUAUUCCUAGGCGCCCACUCCAUGACGAGCAAUGGCCGCCUUUUCAGUCGCGUUGGCACCGCCCUCGUCGCAAUGUCUGCAAAGGAACCGGUUGGCGGCAUAAAUAUUCCUGUGAUUGUCUGUUGCGAGACAGUUAAGUUCACCGACAAGGUAGCUCUUGACAGCAUUGUUCUCAACGAAAUGGCCGAUGCGGACGAGUUGGCCGCUAGCGAACCCUCACAUCAGCUAACUCAGCCACCACUACUGACAAAAAGCACCAAGCCGGGCUCUGCGGCUAACCAAGGCUCUGCUUCGACGGCUGAUCCAUCUUCCCACACUGUCAUUGAUCCGAACAAUCCUCUCCAACACUGGAAGGAGAAACCAGGCUUACAGCUGUUGAAUAUCAUGUACGACGUCACGCCCGCUGAGUAUAUCGAUAUGGUCAUUACGGAGAUGGGGAGUUUACCUCCCAGUGCUGUACCGAUCGUUCACCGGAUGAGUACGAAUUCCUGAUCUCGGUCGUACCUGUUUGUUUAAUAAUUUCAUGCUUUUUGUCUUGUUCCCUUGAGUUCUUAUCUUGUAUUUGUUUUCUUUUUCUAUGAAUUUCGAUUUCCUCUCCUCACUUGCUUUCUUUAUUUCUAUUUUAUGUUUCUACUUUCUUCCUUUUUAAGUAUAUUUCCUUCUGUUCCUAUUAUUCUCUGAUCUUCGGUUUUUACUGCACAUGUUAUGGGAUAGAAAAAGGGUACAUCAGGCACAACGGUCAGUACAAUGCAAUUGUGUUGCGAUGAGGUUGGACGGAAAAGGAAGGCGUGGAAAUAAUGGAAAAGCAGGGAUUUGUGAUAUCAGGAGCAUUGCAAUGGAGCAGCAGGAUUUUCGCGAUUCUGUUUUUCUAUCCUCUCGGUUUUUGAUUCCUUCUACUUCACUUUCGGGGCCCGGAGUAUGACUGAGCUAAUAUAUUUAGGCACUCCCUUUUAUUCUUGUCUAAAUCUUUUUUCUCUCCUGUUUUGGAUUCCAUUUACGUGUAUUCCGCAUCAUCUGUCAAGCGACUUACCCCUCCGUAUAUGUCCCAGUUUUAGCAAGGGCUAUAUAUUUCCUCUUAUUUUACCUUGAUUUUUUCAUUCUAGCUGAAUCUGAACAGCCUCCUUUUUU